UAGAAUACAGUCACGCUAGAAUCCUGCCUGCCGCCUUUUCUGAACAGAACGCCGGUUUUAAAGUACAGAAAAAAAGAAAGCAAGCUAACGUUAACCACAACCAGAACCACCAUGUCCAUAUCCAACUUCAGCUUUGUCAACAUGGCGGCCCAGCUUGACGAGGAGCGGGGCAUCACAUUCCAGGACAAGGCCCGCACCUGGGACACGGCGGCCGAUGCCCAGGAAGUGGUGGACGCGCUCAACAACCAGUCUACGGUGCACUACCUUAACCUGGAUGGCAACACGCUCGGCGUGGAGGCUGCCCAGGCCAUUGGCGAGGCGCUGAAGCGCCACCCAGAGUUCCGGAAGGCCCUGUGGAAGAAUCUGUUUACGCGCCGCCUCAAGACCGAGAUUCCAGUGGCGCUGCAGCAUCUUGGUGCGGGUCUUAUUACGGCGGGUGCCAAACUGACGGUUCUUGAUCUCAGCGACAAUGCUUUGGGACCGAACGGAAUGCGGGGCCUGGAGGAGUUCCUACGCUCGCCCGUCUGCUACUCCCUGCAGGAGCUGCUGCUCUACAACUGUGGACUCGGCCCCGAGGGCGGCACCAUGCUCUCCAAAGCUCUCAUCGACCUGCAUGCCAAUGCCAAGAAGGCGGGAUCGCCGCUCCAGUUGCGCGUUUUCGUUGGCGGACGCAAUCGGUUGGAGAAUGUGGGUGCCAAGGCACUGGCCAAGGCUUUCAAGACGCUGCAGACAUUUGAAGAGAUUGUCCUGAUGCAAAACUCGAUAUACUUUGAGGGGGUCCAAGCCCUGGCCGAGUCCUUCAAGGAGAAUCCGCACCUCCGAGUGCUGAACAUGAAUGACAACACCCUGAGAGCCAAAGGUGCCGGCCAAAUAGCAGAGAUCCUGCCGUCUCUUCCCUUACUUCGGGAACUAAACUUUGGCGACUGCCUGAUCCGUACCAAUGGCGCAUACCACUUCGGCGAGGCCUUGGAGAACUCAAAUGACAAACUGGAGGUCGUCGAUUUGGGUUUCAACGAAAUAAACAGCGAUGGCGGCCUGGUUUUAGUGUCGGCCAUGCAAAACAAGCCCAAGCUACGCAUAUUCAAUAUCGAUGGCAAUUGCUUUGGCCAGGAAGGCUGCGAACAGAUCAAAGCUGAAAUGGCCAAGCUGGAUAAUGCCGCUGCCCUGCAACCAUUCGAGGAAGAUGCUUCCGAGGACGAAGCUGGGGACGAUGAGUCUGGCGAUGAGAACGCCGACGAUGAUGAUGGUGAUCAGGAGGAUGAGUAUGAUGAGGAUGAGGGCGAGGAGUACGAUGAGCAUGAGCACGCUAACGAUACCACGGAGGAGGCCGACGAGGAAGACGAGGAAUAUGUCAACAUUGCCGAGGAGACUGCCUAUGUGACCACCAAUCCCUACGUUACAAAGCUUUUCAACGAGACAACCAACUCGGUUGCCAGCGACCCUCUUUCGGUGAGCAACAAAACGAUGAACCCAAUCUUUACCCCCGAGACGUUCUGCCUCAGCCAGAAGCCCUGCUCCCUGGAGCACUUCGACUCUCUGGACUCUGACAACAAGCUUCGGGACCUGCAGGGAAUCUUGAAUCAAUUCAAUGAUGACAACCAUCUGCUGCUGCUCGUCUUCACCACCCUGAAGUGCGCACAUCUGUCUCAGUCAUCGAAGGCCGCCUUGGAGCUGGCCGUCUCUCUGUACCAGCUAACCUUUGAUUACGCCAUAAAGACCAAGCAGGAGACCCGUGUGACCAACUACGUUCUCAAGCAGCUGUGCCUUCUCCGCUGCGAGGAGCCCUUCAAAUCCGACUACAACAUCAAGAGCUGCCGAUUCGCCUUGUCGGAGGCCAUCAGAAGUCCACAGUUUGCCAACGACAACAUAAAGAACACGUUCAAGUUGUUCCUGGAGAAGAUCGAUGUCUAAGCCGAGGUGGAUAAAAGCCCAGCCAAAGAGUUGAAUUUCUAAUGUAUUAUUAUACGUUCCAAAUUAUAGAAUGUAGAGUUCUUUGGCGAGGGAAUUAUAUAUGUUUCUGAACUUGCAAAUAAAAGGCAAACGAAAUUA